AUGACUAUGUGGAAGUUCUGGGCUUUUAUUUGCUUGGCUCUUGGGCAACUGGCCCAUUCAUGGCCAGCACACAAGCAACAUCUUCAAGUUCGUUCAGUAUUAGGCACAGCUGAAGUGGUAGGUGAGCCAAAGUCUAGCCAUGGUGACCAACCAAGAUCCAUAAGUAACAAUGAUGAAGACGAUGAUGAUUCUGAUGUUCUUCAUGAUUUCGAACGUCGAAGUCCAAGCAACAAUUAUCAGCAAAGAGUAUUUGAACUAACGAAUCAAGCACGCCAACGCGGCCGGUACUGUGGUUCGACUUGGUAUCCCGCCACAACGGCUAUGAGGUGGAGUGAUGAAUUGGGCAACGCUGCAACUAAUCAUGCCAAAAGCAUGCUUUAUUAUAACUACUUCUCUCAUACAGGCAGAGAUGGAAGCAGUUUUGUGGAUCGCAUAGCAGCUGCAGGCUAUUCGAGAAAUUGUGCUGGCGGUGAAAAUAUUGCUGGCAAUCAAACUCCUGAAAAGACAGUCAAUGCUUGGAUCGACAGUCCAGGACACUGUGCUAAUCUUAUGAACAAAGGUUUUAAGGCAAUUGGCGUCGGCUAUGCCCAAGGUGGUCCUUACGGAGCCUAUUGGGUUCAAAAUUUUGGCUGGUGCUAA